UCUUCUUCUUCUUCUUCUUCUUCUUCUUCUUCUUCUUCUUCUUCUUCUUCUUCUUCUUCUUCUUCUUCUUCUUCUUCUUCUUCUUCUUCUUCUUCUUCUUCUUCUUCUUCUUCUUCUUCUUCUUCUUCUUCUUCUUCUUCUUCUUCUUCUUCUUCUUCUUCUUCUUCUUCUUCUUCUUCUUCUUCUUCUUCUUCUUCUUCUUCUUCUUCUUCUUCUUCUUCUUCUUCUUCUUCUUCUUCUUCUUCUUCUUCUUCUUCUUCUUCUUCUUCUUCUUCUUCUUCUUCUUCUUCUUCUUCUUCUUCUUCUUCUUCUUCUUCUUCUUCUUCUUCUUCUUCUUCUUCUUCUUCUUCUUCUUCUUCUUCUUCUUCUUCUUCUUCUUCUUCUUCUUCUUCUUCUUCUUCUUCUUCUUCUUCUUCUUCUUCUUCUUCUUCUUCUUCUUCUUCUUCUUCUUCUUCUUCUUCUUCUUCUUCUUCUUCUUCUUCUUCUUCUUCUUCUUCUUCUUCUUCUUCUUCUUCUUCUUCUUCUUCUUCUUCUUCUUCUUCUUCUUCUUCUUCUUCUUCUUCUUCUUCUUCUUCUUCUUCUUCUUCUUCUUCUUCUUCUUCUUCUUCUUCUUCUUCUUCUUCUUCUUCUUCUUCUUCUUCUUCUUCUUCUUCUUCUUCU